GGAGGAGUUUGGCACUUGCACCCCGCCCAGAGCACUUCCACUGCCCAAGUCCUCGCAGGCAACUGAGCCUCCAGGAGGAGCCCAGAGCCUGCAAGUUCGGGUGUCCCAAGUCCUUCUGCUGGACAUCUGCUGGUGACACUUCCCCCUCCCGUUGCCUCCUGUGAAAGCCCCACCUUGCGGCAGGCCAAGCAGCUGGCCUGCCCACCUGCCUGCACAGCCCUGCAGCUCAGCAUGCAUCCCCCAGGCUUCAGGAACUUCUUGUUGCUGGUGUCCUCCCUUCUAGUCCUUGGGCUGUCAGCUGGUCCUCAAAGCUUCUCACCGUCUCUGAGAAGCUUGUCCGGCGCCCCCUGCAGGCUGUCUAGGGCCGAGUCCGAGCGCAGAUGUCGUGCACCUGGGCAGCCCCCAGGGGGCGCCCUGUGUCAUGACCGUGGCCGGUGCGAGUGCGGGGUCUGCAUCUGUCAAGUGACGGAACCUGGCACCUAUUUCGGGCCGCUGUGUGAGUGCCACGACUGGGUGUGUGAGACCUACGACGGGAAAACUUGCGCAGGCCAUGGUACUUGUGACUGCGGCAAGUGCAAGUGUGACGUGGGUUGGUCUGGGGAAGCUUGCCAGUACCCAGCCAAGUGUGACCUGACAAAAAAAAUCAGCAACCAAAUGUGCAAGAACUCUCAAGAUGUUAUCUGCUCCAAUGCAGGUACAUGUCACUGUGGUAGGUGCAAGUGUGAUAAUUCAGAUGGAAAUGGACUCAUCUAUGGUCAAUUUUGUGAGUGUGAUGAUAGAGAAUGCAUAGAUGAUGAAACGGAAGAAGUAUGUGGAGGCCAUGGGAAGUGUUACUGUGGAAACUGUUACUGCGAGGCUGGUUGGCAUGGAGAUAAAUGUGAAUUCCAGUGUGACAUCACCCCCUGGGAAAGCAAGCGAAGAUGCACAUCUCCAGAUGGCAAAAUCUGCAGCAACAGAGGAACAUGUGUUUGUGGUGAAUGUUCUUGCCAUGAUGUUGAUCCAACUGGGGACUGGGGAGACAUUCAUGGGGACACGUGCGAGUGCGAUGAAAGGGACUGCAGAGCCGUUUAUGAUCGGUAUUCUGAUGAUUUCUGUUCAGGUCAUGGACAGUGUAACUGUGGACGAUGUGACUGCAGAGCAGGCUGGUAUGGGAAGAAUUGUGAGCACCCACGGUCCUGCCCAUUGUCAGCUGAGGAGAGCACCAAGAAGUGCCAGAGUGGCUCUGACCUGCUUUGUUCUGGAAGGGGCAAAUGUGAAUGUGGCAGAUGUACUUGUUACCCUCCAGGAGACAGCAGGGUGUAUGGAAAGACCUGCGAGUGUGAUGACCGCCGCUGUGAAGACCUGGAGGGCGUGGUCUGCGGAGGCCAUGGCACAUGCUCCUGUGGUCGUUGUGUUUGUGAGAAAGGAUGGUUUGGCAAGCUCUGCCAGCACCCACGGAAGUGUAACAUGACAGAAGAGCAAAGCAAGAGUUUGUGUGAGUCAGCAGAUGGCACAUUGUGCUCAGGGAAGGGUUCUUGCCAUUGUGGAAAGUGCAUUUGUUCUGCAGAAGAGUGGUAUAUUUCAGGGGAGUUUUGUGACUGCGAUGACAGAGACUGUGACAAACACGAUGGUCUCAUUUGCACAGGGAAUGGAAUCUGUAGCUGUGGAAGCUGUGAAUGCUGGGAUGGAUGGAACGGAAACGCAUGUGAAAUCUGGCUUGGCACUGAAUAUCCUUAAUGAUUCCAUGGGCGACAACUGGAUUCACAUUUCUAGGCCAUUUUAGAAAUUUAGAGGAAUGCAUGUGUAGACAGUACUAGGACAGACUCUUGUGUGUUUUUCUAUUUCUGACUGCCUGAGUGAAACAUGGGUCUUCAUUAGAAAUGACUUCAGCAAACUGAUGUAAAUUACACCACAAAGAAUUGUUUUCCCAUAAUUAACAUCAGUGUUUUACAAUCAAGGAGGGCAAUUUUGCACCCACAAGACAUUUGUCAAUGUCUACAGAGAAUUUCAUUGUCACACUGGUUAGGGUGCUUGUGCUAUGGGCAUUUUAGAGGUAGUGGUCACAGACAAUAUAUAGAACACUGAAGGGCCCUCACAGCAAAGUAUUUUCUGACAUCCAAUGUUUGCCAAUAUGUAGUAGAAAAAAUGCUAAAUCACAUGGUAUUUAGGACUCCACAUUCCGACACCAGAAACACUAUCAGAAUAUAAGGAUGAUAUUUAUUCUCACAUAAACUGAUCAGUUGGGUUUUUCCAGGAUUCCAUAUGAAUCUGAAUUUGCAUAUUGGGACAAUGAUGAUAGACACAUAUGACGUGUGAUGAUGGGCGUGGGUUUAUCAGAUCAAAAGGGCUUUAAGUUCACAAGGAUCUCUUACAGGAAGAAAUGAAAAAUGUACAAUUUGACAAUUUAAUAAAUAGUGACAUAAGUUGUUUAUAUUCUGUGUCAAUAUCUAUCUAACCACUGAAAACAAACACAACAGAAAAAAAUGAAUUGGAAUACCCACUUUAGAUCACAAGAACUAACAGACCAUGUUUAUGAGACUAGGCAUGGGUUACAUGUACAAGAAAUCUGACUUUUUAUUUAAAUCAGUUCAUGUAAUGUGUCCUCUGAAGAUAGUGUCUAGUUGGAAACACAAGGAUCCUCAUACUGCACUCAUCGCUCUUAAAAGAUGUUUUUUCAAAGAAAUGGUAGGGUCAACAUGAACGACACCUAUUUCAGAAGCUCAGAAGUGGACCCCAAAAUAUAGAAAUAACUUAAAUCAAAAUUACAAAUAUUCACUCAGUGAUAGGAACAAAAUGUUUAUUUUCUUGGUGAAAUUUUGCUGUUUAUGAAACUCACAUUAAAUUAUGAAAAUGUACAAUAUUUGGGGUUUCCUUGCAUAUAUACAGUUAGAUCUACUUAUACACAUAGUUGAAGCAACCAUUAUUUAUAGCUAAAAAAAUACCUUUUUCCUAAAUGUGAAUUAUUUGUAAAAUCCUAAAAUAACAUAGCAAAAUCAUUUCUGUAUUGUUUUAAGAUGAAAUUUUUACUUGCAAAUUUUAUAUUAAUAAUGUAAAUAUUCUAAAGUCAUGGCUUGGACUUUAUCAGUCAAGUCACCAAAAGUAAAGAAAACAUGCCUCCACUGUAUUACUUAAAAAAACUAAAUACUGAAAAGUAUUUGAAGAGUCAAUUUCACUGGUGCUGGUUUUAUAGUAACGAUAAGGUUCUGAGAAUUUAACCUAUUUAUAAAAUUGUUGCCUCUAUCCUGAGAUUAGGGGACCCAGCCAUAUAGGUUGUAUUUCUAUUACUGAGCUGGCAAUUAACAUCAGUUUUAUAAAAUGAGGGCAAUAUAAGGAGUUAAGGUAUAGUAUUGAUGAUAGCUUUCUUUCCUCUUCUCUGUAUUUUCCUCUUCUCUAUAUACAUCUUAAGCCAGAAACAAAGCAAUUAUAAUAAUUCAGUAGCAGUUCUGAUAAUAUGUUUGGUGAUAUCCAAACAUUGAGAGUCAGUGACCUUCCCAUCAUAGUACAAUGACCUUCAUAUUUCCCUACUGCAGGACUCAGCCUUCUAUAUAAAGGUGUGAACAAUGUGUAUUAGACAAACUACUGUAGAAUUUUCUUCUUUAAUUGUUUAAUAUUUUAAAAUUGUAAUAAAUAAAUUAAAGUCCAUCCUGAGCUCUCAGGCCAUACAUAAA